CCAGAGAGAGAAUGAGUGACCUUAAACGCAAUGCUUCUUCAUCACUUGCGGCUAUGGAAGCUUCUAUUGAAACUUCCGUGUCCAAGAAAAUGAAAUCCGACUUCGGUUCUUGUCAACCGCAGUUGCCUUCUUCCGGUGUUCAGCUCCGAAGCUCACAGUUGGCAGACACGGCGAUUUCUCCGGCUACCUCUGUGAAUUCCACUGCAACUAAGGUUUCCGGAGAACAUUUUUCUGGUCGGUUACCGCUUUCCUGUUCCUCGGUAUCCAGCGCUAAUGUUGAAACCAUCGAUGCUAUGGGAAACAGCACGGCCACGGCGUUGGAUCCGGAGACCAGCGUUUUAGAAAUGGCAGGCUCAGCUCCUAGCAACGUCAAAUUAUUCAGCAAAGACAGGUACUCGUUGAACGAGUUUUACGGAGACUCGGAAGAAAUGACGGUGUUUCCGGUGAAGUCCUCAACGGAAGCCAGUGAGCAUCGGAAGUUUGCGGCGACAAAGAUGGCGCCAGAGGAGGAGAUUGAAGAGUUCUUCGCAAUGGCGGAGAAAUACGAGCAAAAGCGGUUCGCGGAGAAGUACAACUAUGAUAUUGUUAAAGAUAUGCCAUUGCAAGGUAAAUAUGAAUGGGUUCGUUUAAUUUGAAGCCAUGAAAGUGCCUUACGGAAUUGAUCGUGCCACUUCCGGGGCUUCUGUUGAAGAGGACGUAGAUUUGCUGGAUUUUGUACAGCUAACACGUUGAAUAGAAGUAAGAAAGCUACGAUUCUCUACGACAUCGUUUAGGGCUUUGAUGGAAACUUCCUUUUUCUACAGAAUGUGAAAGAAAAACAUUAACUUAGAUAA